UGGUACAACACUAGUUAUUUCAAACUUGCGGCAGCGGCUGGGCGUGUGUGUUGUGUUUACUAUUUAAUUUUUCGUAUUUUAUAAAAGAAAGUGCCUUCUAAAAUAGAAAAUGAGUAGGCAUCCUAGGCUAGAAGAAUUCCAAAUGGACACAAAGCUCUCAGACAGGUCUGGGAGGAGAAUUCCACAUAGACAUUUUCUAUACAAUGAAGAAACUGGUGAAAUUUUGGGACGUACUCAGGAAGAUGGGGUCAGUAAAAUCCUGAUCUUCUACACAAUAUUCUACGCAGUACUCAUAGCCUUAUUCGGUAUCUGCAUGGUCACGUUCCUGCAACACUUCAUCAACCCCAGGGUCCCACGUCUGCAACAAGAGUACAGUGUGAUAGGCACCAGCCCAGGCUUGGGGUUCCGGCCGCUGCCCGCUGAUGUUCGAAGCACCCUGAUCUGGUAUAAGGGAACUGGGUACGAGAGUUAUAGGUACUGGGAAGAACAGCUCAUUGAUUUUUUGUCUGUAUACAAGAAGAAGGGUCAGACCGCUGGCGCAGGUCAGAACAUUUUCAACUGCGACUUCCAGCACCUCCCGCCACCCGGCAAGGUCUGCGAUGUGGACAUUAGACGGCUGGAUCCUUGCAUCGAUGAGAACCACUUCUCCUUCCACAAGUCUUCACCUUGUAUAUUCCUUAAGUUGAACAGAAUCUACGGCUGGCGUCCAGAGUUCUACGACAUCCAGCAGCUGCCCCAAGACAUGCCGGUGGACCUGCAGAUGCAUAUCAGGAACAUCACCAACUUUAACAGGGACUAUGCCAACAUGGUAUGGGUAUCAUGCCACGGCGAAACUCCAGCGGACAAGGAAAACAUAGGCCCUAUUAGUUACCUGCCUUUCCCCGGCUUCCCAGGGUACUUCUACCCUUAUGAAAACGCUGAGGGGUAUCUCAGCCCUCUGGUGGCCAUACAUCUGCAGAGGCCUAGAACUGGUAUCGUGAUAAACAUAGAAUGUCGCGCCUGGGCUAAAAACAUUAAGUACGACAGGAGGGAACGUUUAGGCGUCGUACACUUUGAACUGAUGAUCGAGUAGACUCUACACAAUCCGUCCGAAACACGUCUACUUGUCUACCUCGAAUACUGUAAAUAUCCCGUGGUCUUUCCAGUAGACCCAGUAGACCGAGUAGACCAAAGCAAUUAGUUCAUGGUAUGUAUUAAGGAUAAUUUUUAAAUGCAAUCAAAGUGUGAGAUUUGACUUAGAAUUGCGGUCUUUCGAGAAGACCAAGUUUUGAAUCACGAAAUUGCCAUUGCGAUUCAAUAGAUGUAUGUAUUCUAUAUUUUGUAAGUAAUAGAAUCUCGAGGUAGCUAACAUAUACCUGAAAGUGACAAAGGCAACUAUAUUAGUAAAUAAGUUGAUUUAAUUAAAAUACGGUUAAUAAUGCAAAAAUCAUAAUUAACACAAAUCUACUCAAUUUUAAAAGGUUUUUUGUUAAUAAAUAUACACGCGUGAAUCAUUGCUGUAGAAACACUAAUUUUAUGUUAUUUUUUAAUUUUAUGGACAUUUAUGUACCUAUAUUUUAAAUCUGGAACAUUCCAUAACUCAUUUUUGAGCUUGAAUAUUUUUUUAAAGACACAUGCUAUACUUAUAGUAACUAAAAAGCUUUUUCCUAUACUUAAUAAUAACUAAAUAAGUUUUAUGUAAUUAAACAUACUGGCAGCUAUACUUACGCUCACCCGUAUCCGUCCAUUUGAAACAAUAUCUUUUUGAUAGUUAUAUUUAUUUUUAUAUUGUAUUGUAUAUUUACAAUAUAUGUGUGUUGUCUUCGUUUAGUAAAUAAGAAUAAUAUGUGUUUUAAAUGUUUUCUUGGAGAGUCAGAAGUUAGUUGAAUAUGGUGUAAUGCACAGUCAAGAGAGUAUGAUAAAUGCACUGGACCAUGUUCACCGACAAGUUAAAGUUUUAAGUUUUGCUUAAAACUCCUGUUUUUUUGGAGAAUUGACCGUGAAAAAUGCCUCUAACUUCAGACUCGCCAAUAUUAUUUGUACAGACUGUACCUUAUAGAUAUUAUUAAUUGACACUCAUUUAAGUCCAGUGCCGUUGACACAAGUUGAUACAAGGUAGCUUGCAAUUUAUUAGUAAUUUUACUUUUCAUUAAUAAUAAUAUAAUAUGCCCGGAAAAAAAUUCAUCAGCUAUUUUUUCCAGUCUAAUAUUUUUUUACAAAUAAUGCUGUAAUGUUCGCGCCAAAUAUUGUUUUAAUUCUGAAGUUAGCCAUUAGACAUAUCUCACGCAUGCGCAUUAUUGCGCAACUUCGGACAAGCACAGCUCUGUAUAAACAAACGAGAAAAGAUGGUACGGCCGUGCCCGCUUUGCUCGAGUCUUGGCGAAGGCACUGCCGUGCCCUCAGAUACGCAAAGAGUCAAAUGCCUAACUUCAGAAUUGUAAAAUUAAUUGGCGCGAAUAUAACUAUGUACUGAAAGUAUCUCUUUGUAAUCUUCUAGCAUUUACCAGAAUCUUAGUAAUAAAGACUGAUAUAUCGUUACUAAACGAUUUUUUACAAAUAAAUGACAAAACCACUUUUUUAUAUAAGUUUUUUAACUGUACUUAUAGUUUGACUAACUUUUUGUAGACGAAUUAGCAUUUUGAAAUAUUUAUGUUUUUUUUUUUUAUAUUAAUUUUGUUUUUUCUUUAUAUUUAUUUAUAAAUUAAUCGCCAUUUUAAAUGCCUUUUGUAAAAGACACGACUGUAAGGGACGAUUUCACACAUCAAAAACAAACCCAGUUAUCUCUUGUUUUAAAUUUAGUUUGUAAACAUUUUAUUGAAAAAAAAAGAGACCAUUACUUAAUUGUUUUUAAAUCGAUAUUUUUCCGAAUAGUGAAAUCAGUCCUUAAAUAAGGGUAGAUCAUAAUGAAUCUCAGUUAACGUCCACUUUUCGAUUUAAUCGAUAUUGCGUCCAUUUUACAUAUUUCUAUGUAUAAUAUAAUGAUAUUAAUAAUGUAUAAGCUAUGUAUAGGGCCAUAAGAUGUAUAUUAGAGUGAACGAUUCCUAUACAUAUUGAAGUGCCUGAAUUGUAUUUUCGAGCAAUAAAAUUUUGAAAAUAAA